AUGGCGAUGAAUACUGGAGGAAGGCUUGUUGCGGGCUCUCACAAUAGAAAUGAAUUUGUUCUUAUUAAUGCUGAUGAAAUUGGAAGGAUUAAAUCUGUUCACGAGCUAAGCGGGCAAACGUGCCAAAUUUGUGAAGAUGAAGUGGAGAUAACCGAUGAUGGAGAACUCUUUGUGGCGUGCAAUGAGUGUGCGUUCCCCGUUUGCAGAACUUGUUACGAGUACGAAAGGAAAGAGGGAAAUCAGACGUGUCCUCAGUGCAAAACCAGAUACAAACGCAUUAAAGGGAGUCCUAGAGUUGAGGGGGAUGAGGAUGAAGAUGAUAUUGAUGAUCUUGAGCAUGAGUUUGAUUAUGGAGAUAUUGAGGCCUCGGGCUUUCCUCAAAGUGCUGGUUCAAUGAACACGGCCCAUGGUGGUGUCUUUGGAUCGGCCUCGAGGCCUGAUUCAUCGUCACAAUGUCCAGAGAUCCCUCUUUUGACAUACGGCGAAGAGGAUGCCGAAAUUGCAAAUAAUCAAAAUGCCAUCAUACUACCAGGAGCACCUUCUAAUUACCGACCGAUGGUCCCUGAAAAAGACGUUGCGUUAUAUGGAUACGGCAGUGUAGCAUGGAAGGACCGAAUGGAGGAGUGGAAAAAGAGGCAAAACGACAAACGUCAAGUGGUUAAACAUGAAAGGAAUAAUGAUGGUGGGGACUUUGAUGAAAAUGACCCGGAUUUGCCUAUGAUGGAUGAGGGGAGGCAGCCGCUUUCAAGGAAAAUGCCGAUUGCAUCUAGCAAGAUAAACCCGUACAGAAUGAUAAUCGUUCUUCGUCUUGUGGUUCUUGGCUUGUUCUUUCAUUAUAGGAUUUUACAUCCAGUUCCCGAUGCGUAUGGCCUUUGGUUAACAUCAGUUAUUUGUGAAAUAUGGUUUGCUGUCUCAUGGAUACUCGAUCAGUUCCCUAAAUGGUAUCCAAUCGAACGCGAAACAUAUCUUGACAGGCUGUCACUUAGGUACGAAAAAGAAGGUAAGCCCUCAGAAUUAGCAGAUAUAGACGUGUUUGUGAGCACGGUGGACCCCACGAAAGAGCCUCCCCUGAUCACUGCAAACACAGUGCUCUCGAUUCUUGCCGUGGAUUACCCAGUCGACAAAGUAUCGUGCUAUGUCUCGGAUGAUGGUGCGGCCAUGCUAACUUUCGAGGCACUUUCUGAGACCUCUGAGUUCGCUCGUAAGUGGGUCCCCUUUUGUAAGAAGUUCAAUAUCGAACCUCGUGCCCCUGAGUGGUACUUCUCUCAGAAAAUUGACUAUCUCAAGAACAAAGUCCAUCCAGCCUUCGUGGGGGAGAGGCGUGCAAUGAAGAGAGAGUACGAAGAGUUCAAAGUUCGGAUUAAUCGUUUAGUGUCUAUGGCUGAGAAGGUUCCGGAAGAAGGUUGGACAAUGCAAGAUGGAACACCUUGGCCCGGUAAUAAUGUCAGAGAUCAUCCUGGUAUGAUUCAGGUAUUUCUAGGUCAUGACGGUGUCCGUGAUAAUGAAGGGAAUGUGCUGCCUCGUCUGGUUUAUGUUUCACGUGAAAAGAGGCCCGGUUUCGAGCAUCACAAGAAAGCCGGGGCUAUGAAUGCACUGAUUCGAGUAUCGGCUGUCCUAUCAAAUGCUCCCUAUCUUCUGAACGUCGAUUGUGAUCACUACAUAAAUAACAGCAAGGCUAUGAGAGAAGCCAUGUGCUUCAUGAUGGACCCCACUUCUGGGAAGAAAGUGUGCUACGUGCAGUUUCCACAAAGAUUCGAUGGCAUCGACAGACACGAUCGGUAUUCGAACCGUAACGUGGUUUUCUUUGAUAUAAAUAUGAAGGGCUUGGAUGGCUUGCAAGGGCCUAUAUACGUUGGUACCGGUUGUGUCUUUAGAAGGCAAGCUUUGUAUGGAUUUGAUGCUCCUGCUAAAAAGAAGGCGCCUAGCAAGACUUGUAACUGCUGGCCAAAGUGGUGCUGUUUGUGGUGUGGAUCAUCCCGGAGAAAUAGAAAAGGGAAAACAAAGAAAAACAAGAAGAAGUCGAAGCACAGAGAGGGGUCGAAGCAAAUACAUGCCCUCGAAACCAUUGAAGAAGGGAUUGAAGACACAACUAUUGUUAGCCGACCCUUUAUUCCCCAAGAGAAGCUCGAGAAGAAGUUUGGGCAGUCGCCUGUUUUUGUUGCUUCAACUUUACGCGAAAAUGGUGGCGUUAUUGAGACUGUUAGUUCCACAUCACUCUUGAAAGAAGCUAUCCAUGUUAUCGGUUGUGGCUAUGAAGACAAGACAGAAUGGGGAAAAGAAGUCGGUUGGAUAUAUGGCUCGGUCACAGAAGACAUUUUGACCGGUUUCAAGAUGCACUGUCACGGUUGGCGUUCGGUCUACUGUAUACCCAAGAGAGCCGCAUUUAAGGGAUCGGCUCCAAUCAACCUUUCCGAUCGUCUUCACCAGGUACUCAGGUGGGCUCUUGGGUCAGUCGAGAUAUUCUUAAGCAAACACUGCCCAAUAUGGUACGGUUAUGGGGGUGGAUUGAAGUGGCUCGAAAGGUUUUCCUAUAUUAAUUCGGUAGUGUAUCCGUGGACUUCUAUCCCGUUGCUCGUCUAUUGUACACUGCCGGCCAUUUGUCUUCUCACCGGGAAAUUCAUUGUCCCUGAGAUAAGCAACUACGCAAGCAUCAUGUUCAUGGCCCUAUUCGUCUCGAUAGCCGCAACAGGCGUGCUCGAGAUGCGGUGGGGCGGCGUCGGCAUCGACGACUGGUGGCGAAACGAGCAAUUUUGGGUCAUCGGUGGUGUCUCGGCCCACCUCUUUGCCCUCCUUCAAGGCCUCCUCAAAGUCCUUGCUGGUGGGCUCACGGGGAAACAAGAAAGAGUCCCCACCGUGAUUGUUAUAUGGUCGAUUCUGCUCGGGUCUAUACUCACGCUCGUGUGGGUUAGGAUAAACCCGUUUGUGUCGAGGGAAGGACCGGUGCUCGAGAUAUGCGGGCUUAACUGCGAUGAUUGA